UUCUACGGUCGAUGAAUCGCCUAUAGCUUGCUGCGGAAGUGUUAGAAUAAGGGUAGGAGAGAGGUGUGUUUUUCGAGUGUCGCUGGAUUUCUCGCAACUGCGCUCUCCGUAUCGAUCUGGUGUUUUGCUGUUCUGAGCUCUCAAUGAACGUAAUCCCAUAUUAGAUCUGUGGUUGUCAAGUGGGAAAAAAGAACAUGCCGUUUAGCCGCAUGUCCACCGUCCACGAGCAGGACGAAUUCUCCCGUAAAAUCAUCCUGCCCGAGUCACAUAGCUACAAUAACGCAAACGGACCUCUACCGACUAUCCCUCAUCGACCAAAAGAAGAAUUAAUACUUCAACCCACGACCGUAGCCGAGAAGCGUAAUUCGGUAUCCGAGAACGACACUCGCUUCGGACUGCUCGACAAUGAGGAUGAAGAACGAUUACUCGGGGACUCCCACAGACGGCCUUCUGCGGACGAGCGGUUGCGGCGUGAUGCUGGAAAUGAUGCACCCACAGAGAUGGGCGCUCGCCAUGUAUCUACAGCACCAACAUUGCGAACCUCUUCGCUUCCGAAGGGCGCAGCAUCCCAGUCUGUCACUAUUCUACCGCAUGCUACAUCCGUAGCAAACGUAAAUGUACCUCGUCACUCUGGAAACUCACCAGCUAGGAUACCGCUUACCCCUAACGAGUUGAGAAAACCCAAAAAAGAAGUGUCUGAUUACUAUAAGAAGCAGAACGAGUUGUUGGAGAAUUUCAAGAAUGAUAGCGAGCAGAUUCAUGUAUUUCAAAAAACCCGCACAAGGCAACGGCUACAAUCUUCAACUAGCACUGACACUGACUUAAUCAAAGAAGAAAUGGAGCCUUCUAAAAGGAAUUCUGUUAGCAAGGAGAGUAAAGAUCGGCGGUUGAGCAACGAUUUAUCCAGCUCUUUGGACACGGCUGUGGCGCCUUUAUUGAAGAACACGGAUGGCGAAUCUGAUGUUGAAAUUGGCCAACCUGGGCGAGUACCUCCAAAUCUUCUCGAAGAAACUGAUAAUAUCAGUGUUCGAGAGAGGAUUCCAUCCGAAACAUCGUCGGAUAGGUCACUGUUGGCAAAGCAUGAGGCGGCCCAGGACGCAGCUAAAGCUUCAGGCAAGGCAGCUGUACGAUUAGCGCAUGCUACUUUGGUGGUGAAUGUUACAUUGAUGCUGGCGAAGGCUGUCGCAUCAUAUCUAUCCGGGUCAUUGUCAAUUCUCUCAUCGCUCGUAGAUUCGUGCGUUGACAUAACUUCAGGACUUGUGAUAUCGAUCUCUACCCGAAUGAUAAAGAAGAGGGAUCCGUACCUUUACCCAAGAGGACGAACGAGGCUAGAGCCACUGUCUUUGAUUGUCAUCAGUGUUGUCAUGGGUGUUGCUAGUGUACAGCUGAUUUUUGGAGCGAUACAACGGAUUCAUGCUGCUUACCAGUUUCACGUUCAUGGUGUUGGUGAACAACCUCAGCUUGACGUUUCAAUAACUACAGUUUGCAUUAUGGUCGCUACCGUUGUGGUAAAGUUCACGUUAUUUAUGAUCUGUCAAAAGUAUAAACAUGACCCCUCAAUAGAAGUUUUGGCUAUGGAUCAUCGUAAUGACUGUUUGUCGAAUACGGUAGCACUUACAUGUGCAUGGCUGGGCACUUUAUUCUGUUAUUAUCUUGACCCCAUCGGUGCAAUUCUAGUGUCUAUAUAUAUUUUGUAUACAUGGGUGAGCACUGGAUGGGAACAUCUAUCAAAACUCAGCGGCAGAUCAGCAAAACCGGAAUUCAUCAAUAGGAUAAUUAAGGUAUGUAUAGAUCAUGAUCCAAGGAUAUCUCACUUAGAUACAGUAUAUGUUUACCACUUCGGGACAAAAUUUUUGGUUGAGGUUCAUAUCGUGUUAGACAAGAAUAUGCCAUUGAAAGUUGCUCAUGAUAUAAGCGAAACACUGCAAAUCAACAUCGAAAGUCUACCUGAGGUUGAAAGAGCAUUUGUUCACACGGAUUAUGAAUACGAGCACCAACCAGAGGAUGAGCACAAGAUUGUUUAAAAUGUAAAAAGUUGUUAUCUAGUGAUUUUACCCGGCUAUUUUUACUUAUACUUAACUCCUUUAUACUGUUUAACUACGAACAUUUUUGUUUUCUAGUAUAUUCAUAUGUAUCUCUUUGGUUUUUACCUUGUAUCUAUACUUGUUCGGAAAAUCUGGUCUUACGCAUAAUGUAAUGUGCAUUUUUUCAUAUGAUAAUAAUUGGACUUGUUAAUCUGCAUAAUAACUCCUAAGUGCCUAUUGCACGAAAACCUCUUGAUCUGAAGUUUAGUGUUUUAAAUAUCACAACUCUUGGAUAGUCGAUUCUUAUUCUUCUUGUGUACAGGUGCUGUGUCGUUGGAUCGUUUUAUUCCUUUUCAUGGUUU